AUAUAUAUGUGCAUUAAUGUAUUAUUACAUUAAUUUAAUAAUAAUAAAAUAACACAUUUAUAUAACAUAAAUAUGUAAAUUGACUAACAGUUGUAAAUCUUUACACAUGUACGCUUUAACGUCAAUCAGGAUGAUUUUCGAAUUUUAUUAUGACUUGCUUGACUUGUUGGGUGUAUCGCCGUGUCGCUAUCGCCAAAAACAAAUAUUUUGAAUGUUGUCCACAUACACACGUGCAUAUUUCAAUGUGAACAAAAUUUGAACUGUAAUAAAAUUUUACACUACAUGUCAUAAAUUAUAUAGUUUAGCAUAGUUCUUUAAAUACCAAUUGGUUAAAAUAUGGAUUUGCUGUGUACUGAAAGCAUAGUUACUCAUUCCGAACAGCCAUUACAUAGUAUGCUUCUCGACCAUGGCAAAAUGUAACACAGCAGCAGAUGCUUCAACCGACAGCAUACCAGCAGUCUCUGUCAGUGUGCCUUCUGCUUGCAAUAUGAUAACAAAUGAAACAGAAGCUGUAGGCGAUAAGCGUUUUGUGUAUGAAAAUGCACAUGUGAUCGUUACAGAUCCCAUUUUUAAAUCGGAUCGCUGUUUAGAAAAUGCCCUAAAGUCGGAGGUAAGGGCUCAGUUUCUUGGAGCAUAUUUAAAGACAGUACAAAAGGACAUAACCCCGCCUAUGCGCAAAAUUGUUGCUGAAUGGAUGAUGGAGGUUUGUGCUGAGGAGAAAUGUCAGGAAGAGGUAGUUUUAUUAGCAAUCAAUUACAUGGAUCGCUUUUUGUCAACAAAAUCUGUUCGAAAAACUCACCUACAAAUCUUAGCAGCCGCCUGCUUAUUGGUUGCUUCCAAGAUACGUGAACCCACCUGUCGGGCGCUUUCUGCAGAGCUUCUUGUAUUCUAUACGGACAACAGCAUAUAUAAAGAUGAUCUAAUUAAAUGGGAACUACGCAGCGCUAUUGUUUUGGUGGCAUCAUGGUGUGGUGCAUACGCCCAGUGGAGAGCCGCCAAUCGCCG